AACGGCGCACAUUCGUUCUCAACACGAUGGACCGUCCGAGAACCGAGACGGUGCUUCCUAAUCAAGUCGUGACGCCCAGUGUAGCGAACCGACUUGCCACCAAGUCGUCGCACCAAAUGCUUUCGUAUGACUCUCUCUCGCUUGUCGAUCCCAAUACGACCUUGUCGUUUGGACUGCACGAAGAUGGCUCGUACGACGGUCUGCCUGUGACGGUCUUCAAGAUCUUCGCCAAGCAGCUCAGCUCGAUGGACCGAUUGCUCGAUGAGCUGAAUACGCUGCAUCAUCUGCGCCACCCCAACGUUCUGCUCUUUCUGGGCGCGUGCACGGACGAGAAGGACAACCUGUACCUUGUGUCUGAGCGGCCUGGCACGGAAAAGCUCGACCAAAUCUUGUCGAAUCACCGCUUGCACCUGUCGUGGCAGGCGCACUUGCUGCCGAUCGCAAUGGACGUUUGCCGCGCAAUGGUGUACCUCCACGCGAAAAACCGGCCCCAUGGCAACCUCACGUCCGCGUCGAUCCUCCUAUCGAACCAGCACUAUGACGCGGCCAAGGUCAUGGACACGCGGUACAUUUCACUCGUGGCCGACGAAGUGUACGCUGGCCUUCCCACGCAUUCGGCGCCAGACUACCUUCGCGGCGAUGUCAGUAGCAGCGAGGCCUGUGACGUCUAUAGUUUUGGCAUGGUGCUAUGGGAACUGUGCACGCGCCGUGAGCCGUACGCUGAGGUUCGUGAGUCGAUGAGCACGUUUGCGACGAUGGAUGCGAUAGCAAAUGGCCGCUUGUUUCCCGGGCCCCUGCCGUCGAACGUGCCGGCGCCCUUGGCGCAGCUCGUAGCAGCGUGUCUCGCCGCGGACCCGUCGCAUCGCCCGGUGUUUCGCGAGGUUCUCACGACGCUCGACACGACCGUGCGGGCUGCGGUUGCGAGUCUGUAAGCGUGCAUGAAAAGGCCCUGUGCGCAGAGUCAAGUAGGGACCUUCUUGGUGUGAUCUGGUAUCCACCCAGGUAUCCACCUUGGCCCUCACUGCAUCAUCAUUUGUGCCUCGGCAUGUGGGUUUUGUAUGCGUCGCUGAGUGAACUCACGUUCCUGGCGAUGACGUUUUCCCCACACCUUCAGACCUGCGGAAGCCGAGUCCGCUGACACCCACAGCUAAGCGUUCAUCGUAACCGGUUAGCCAGA